AUGGCCUCUUCCGCCGCCUCCCUGUCGCCGACCACUGCCGCGCUGCUACGCGCCUCGCCGACCUCCCGUCCUCACCACCACCACAAUCUUCACAACCACCAACACCACAAUCACCAACACAACCACCAGCGUCCCUCUCCCCUUCUGGCCUCUACCACUCCUCGAUCCUCGCCGCGUCAGACAGAGAACAGCCACCACCAGCAGCCCCUGGUAGACAGCGGCCCCUGUUCCUCGCCUGAGAUCGAGCAGCUGCGGACAACCUUCAAGCGGCAGACGGUAGAUGCGGGCACCCAGUACUCUCGACCCUCGACCCCGUCAGACACUGCUGCUGCCGCCGCUGCUGCUACCGGUGAUAGUUCACGUAUGCCUGGCACUACCAUAGGGACAAAACGCAGCACCCCAGAUGCGACGAAAGUGAUUGCGGCCCCCGGACCUGCGUCCGCUCCAGCCCCCUCGAAAAAUCCCACUCGGCAGCAGCAGCAACCCCAGCCUCAGCAACAACACCACCAGCAGGAACAGCAGCAACAAGCACGUCAGCAGAGCCAGCGGCGGCAGCAAUUGGAUGAUGAUGACAGGCCACCAGAAGGCUCGGCCUCUAAGAGGCUACGGCCUGCCAAACCGCCAGUCAAGCUUCUUCCUCGCCGUUACGAGGCUGCAGACCCCCGGGACCUGGUAGUCCUGAUCUCAAGCAUGAUCAUGGAGCUCAUUCGCUUCAACGACCAGAUCCCGCUCCGGGAUGGCAGGCUGACUCGCUUUCACUCCCGCUCGCCACCCCGGAUUUCCGUCCAGGACUACCUGCAGCGUCUCACCACGCACGCAACGCUCUCGCCGCCCAUCUUGCUUAGCAUGGUCUACUACAUCGACCGUCUUUGUGCGCUGUACCCUGCCUUCACCAUCUCCAGCUUGACAGUCCACAGAUUUCUCAUCAGCAGUGCCACCGUCGCCAGCAAGGGGCUCAGUGACAGCUUCUGGACCAACAAGACCUACGCUCGAGUGGGUGGCAUCAGUGUAGAGGAACUGGCACUCCUGGAGCUGGAGUUUCUCUGGCGGGUGGAAUGGCGUAUCGUCCCACAGCCAGAGGUGCUUGUCGACUACUACCUCAGCCUGGUCGAGCGCUGCGACGACUAUGAGAUGCAACCAGAGCUUCCCCCGGCUAUUCCUCCGGCAGUGACGGCAGCCGGAGGUGCUCGGUCAAUCACACAGGGCCCCGUCGUUCCAGCCUCAGCUGCUUCGGUAUCGGCAUCGGGACCCGCACCACCUGUUUCUUCGGCACCAACUGCACCCUCUGUACCAACCAACUCGCAGAACAAGUCUAGCGCAAAACCCGAACCACAAAAGACCACCACAACCACCAAAAAAACCGAACCAGACACUAAGCAGAGCAAGCCAUCUUCUUCCGUAUAA